AUAACUCCCACCACCACUUCUCUCCUCACCAUGUAUUAUUUGCAACCAUGCGCAAACCGACGACGACAGCGAGAUUAUCUUUCCCGCUGUCAAGCGUACGGAGAUAUAGCACGGCCAAUUCUCGACCACCGAUAAUCAGCAUUAAGAAUGGGACGUUCUACCGUCACCAUCCAAAUUCUACUAUUCCUCCAGCUCUCAAUCCGCCAUUGUUCAAGAACGUAACCUUCGAACUUGCCUCUUUUUCCUCGAAACCAGAAUACUGGUCAAUAAUCGGCCCCUCAUCCGCAGGAAAAACCACAUUCCUGCAAAUACUCAGAGGAAAAUAUCUCUGUAUCCCUCCAACCGCAAGGUCGUACCCGUACCUCCAAUCCGACAAAAUCGAAGCCAAAGACCACCGAUUCCGGAACCCGGACGCGGCGAUAAAGCAGGUAGGGUUCGAUGGCGAACAAGGCCUCGGUGCUGCGGCACCGCAAAGCGCGUAUUUGAGCGCGAGAUACGAGUCCAGACGGGAAGACACCGAUUUCAGCGUCCUGGAUUACCUACAGGGCAACACGCAACUCAAUCUUUCAUCCAUGGAUAUUGAUGGGAAGACCAUCGAUGGCAAGGUACUGGAGAGGGUAGUGAGGGAUCUGAGAUUGGGGGAGCUGAUCGAUAUGCCGGUCUCGAAUCUGAGUAACGGGCAAACGAGACGGGCGAGGAUUGCUAGAGCGUUGUUGGGAGGUCCAGAGGUGCUGUUGUUGGAUGAGCCGUUUAUGGGGCUGGAUCCGCCGACGCUGUUGAGUUUGAGUCCGAUGUUGAAUGGGUUGGCUGAGAAGAGUGAGCCUAGGUUGGUGCUGGCGCUGAGGCCGCAGGAUCCGAUUCCGGAGUGGAUUACGCAUUUAGUGUACUUGAAGGGCAAUUGUGAGGUUGCGUUUCAGGGGAGGAAAGAGGAGGUUUUGGGGGAGUUGAGGGAGUAUGUGGAGAGUGUUGAGAGGGGAGGGGAGGUCGAUUCAAGCAUGCCGCUUGGUUCGAUGCAUGAGGUUGGACGGAUGCUUACGAGUGAUGGGAUUUUGGAACCGUCGGAUGCUCGUUCUGUUUCAAUCCCAGUGUCGAAGACUUCGACUGGACCGAAGGAGCAAGGCAAGUUGAGUCGUGAUGGAUAUGAAAUGCAUGAUGCCCACGAACCUGAGAUUGGAGAACCUCUUGUUGAGAUGGAAGGAGCUCGUGUAGCGUAUGGAACGAAAGCAGUUCUAGGAAAUUGGAAACAGAAAGCCCCACCAAACGAGGGUCUACGAGAUGGUUUAUGGUGGACCGUCAAGCGUGGUGAAAGAUGGGGAAUCUUUGGAACGAACGGCAGUGGCAAGACGACUUUACUCUCUUUAAUCUGCUCGAAUCAUCCUCAGACAUACUCACUCCCCAUCCGAUUAUUCGGACGAUCACGCCUCCCCGAGCCCGGUAAGCCCGGGAUCUCCAUCUUCGAUCUCCAAUCCAGAAUCGGACACUCGAGUCCUGAGAUUCACGGUCACAUCCCGAGAUCGCUCUCUCUGCGCCAAGUGCUGGAAAAUGCCUGGUCAGAUACUUUCAGGGGUGUACCGAAGCUGGAUCAAGAUGCUCAUGAGCGGAUCGAUGCUUGCUUGCGAUGGUUUGAACAAGACCUUCGCCAAGAUGCAAGUAAGAACCCUACUACAGGUAAGCCUGAAUGGGCCGAUCAGCUCGUGUUUGGCGGCCUCCCGUUCUCGUCGCAGAGAGUAGCGCUCUUUCUACGUGCUGUUAUCAAACAACCUGACCUCGUCAUCCUCGACGAAGCAUUCAGCGGUAUGGAUGAAGGGGUCCGAGAUCGUUGUCUACUUUUCCUUGCUCAUGGUGAGAGCAGGCAGUUCUCAAACGGCAGGAUCGUCGAGACUGAGGGAGAGGUAGGGGUCGGUGGGUUAACGAAGGAGCAGGCGUUGUUGUGUAUAAGUCAUGUGAGGGAGGAGAUUCCGGGCAGUGUCAGGGAGUGGAUUUGUCUUCCUGAGGCGAGUUCCGGGGAGCCGGCUAGGUUUGGCAGGUUGAAGGGGCCGAUUGAGGGGGAGUAUAGGAGGUGGGGGGAGAUUUGGGGGAUGUAG